AUGGAUGCAGAACCUGCGCCAACCCUUCAGCAGCCGGGCGAGUCACAAGUCAAUCCAUCUGUCCAGCCAAUCUUGAGUGACGAGAGCCAGCGUCUUAUGAGGGAAUGCCCAGAAAACCAAUUGGGCAUGGACACUCCUGAGAAGGUUGGAGAGGAGCAGGUUGAAGAAGCAGAAGUGAGUCAAACUGCCAAGGUCGACUCUCUGGUUCUCAUGGACAGCCCUCCCAAAGAUGAGGAAUUGAGCAAAGUCGUUUGCCAGAAGUGCCAGAUGGAGGUGUUUGUGUUCGAUGCCCAAGCCAAAGGCAAGACUUGGUGGUGUAAAGCGUGCAAUGCCAUCAACUCGACACUCCGUCGAAACCUCACAUGGCCACCUCCAGAGUUUGCUGCUCUGACCACCGAAGAACAGGUUCAAUUUUGGCAACAGUGCCGUGCCAUGAGGGAAGAAAGCACCGAUGGACGACUUCGGUAUGAUCGAUUGCGUGAUGUGCUGGUCAAUAGCCUUACCAUGGUCAAGACCAGUGAGCUUGCCAAGAGCAGCAAAGGCACUUAUCUGCCGUUGUCAGUGUAUGCGCAGCAGCUUGGCUGCCUUUGGCAUUCGAAAGGAUACAACACGAACCAGAUCCAGGAGAACGCGCCACAGAUGUGGGAUCCAAUCUUGCAGGAAAAGACCUACAUGCUCCCGGUGACGUCUUUGCAAGAGAAAGAGGUGAAACAAAGGAUUGAGAGCUCUGUGGCUGCUGCAGAGCGAAGUGUCCGCAAGCGUAAGGUGGACCACCAGCCUGAGGCAGCCAAUGUUACAGGCGCUAUGAUCCUGGAUCUGUUGAGCGACAACGAAGACGCGCCGGACACGGAGCAACCGAUCCCUGAACCCGAACAAGAACUUACAGCUAAACAGUUGGAAGCCCAAAGGAAGAAGGAGGAGAAGGCUGCUGCACGCAAGGCAGAGGAGCGCAAGAAAGAGAGCCAGAAAGAACGUCGUGAGACGCUGAAGAUGAACAAAACCAUCGUGAAUUUGGCUGGCAAGGCUGUGGUGGAAUUGCAGCCUCUGUGCGUGGAGCUGCAGCAGACCUGUGCUUCUGGAGAUGACAAUUGGCCAGACCUCUUGAAAGAGAAUUUGGUGCAAGAGCGCGAUGUCCUGCUUGACUGGAAGAAGGCGGCGGCUGCAGCUUUGCAAAAGCAUGCCAAGAAUUCUGAGGCCAAAUUGGAAGCUCUCCCGUUCAAAGACAGCUGCACUGAGAAGGCGUUGCAUGGCAUUUUGCAGAUUGCUCGCCCAGAAGUGAUUCCCAAGUCUUACUCAGGUUACAAGCGCAAAGUCCACAAAGAACUACCACACGAUUGCACAGUAAAACUGCCAGUGGGAGAAAACAAAGAUGGACAGAUGAUCCAUGUAGCUGCGACUCACAUACCAAAGUUCUUGCAGCAUUUGGCAUCCCAGAAUGGUGCCUUCGCGAGGAGACUUGUCCACAUCAUUGACAGGUCUAACGGAGAGUCCUUCAAACCUUUGUUUUAUUGGGAUGAAGUGAUUUCAGGAAACCCGCUAGCACCGCAUUCUUCCAAGAAGAUUGCCAUUGGAUACUUUACUAUGGUGGAGUUGCAGCAGAGGCACAAAGAGGAAAGCUGGAUCCCAUUGCUGGUGGCGCAACACAAAAGCUUGGAGACAGUGAGCGGUGGUUUUUCCAGAAUGAUGCGAGAAGUGGUUUUGUUGGUGCGAUCUUUUGAUAUGCAACAUGGCAUUCCCUUGGAAGUGGAUGGGAAUCAAAGCCUUCUUCGCAUUGACAUCGUGAAAGCAAAUUUCAUUGCAGACUUUGAUGCCAUCAGGGCAACGUACAAUUGGAGAGGCAGCGCUUCGAUCAAAGCGUGUAUAGCGUGCAAAAACGUGUGCAAAAGAGAUUCCAAUCUUGUUGAUGGCGAGAACUAUCUUACAGAAAUUUCGGAAACCAAAUGGUCCAAGUUUGAUCUCUGGAGUGACCAGGAAGUUUUUGAGCUUUGGGAUAUGAUGGCCCGAGACACGCCCACAAUGAAAAAAAAGGACAAAGAAAAAUUCGAGAAGCUUGCUGGCUUCAAUUGGAAUCCAAAUGCUUUGUUCGCUCACGCUGAGGCCAGGGAAAUUUUGAAACCAAGCGCCGUGCUUUUUGACCCAAUGCAUAUUUUCUGGGCAUCAGGUGUGGCAGCUUGGGAGGUUGUCAACUUGAUGUCAGUACUUGCGACCAAGUGCAAUUUUACUUGUGAAGAUCUAGCCGGAAAAAUUCAGGGCACCCCUUGGUGUAGUAGUACGCGAAAAGGGCAGUCCUGGCGAAAGAAUUUGGCUGAUGCACAAAAGUUCUCUGGUGAUGCUUACCGUGGCUCAGCCAGUGAUUUGAGAAUGCUCAUUCCUUUGAUGCUUUAUCACAUCAUGGAGUCAAUCGACGACACUGAGCCUGUUCAGGCUGAGCUUCAAUCCUUUUAUGCCCUGGUUAAGCUUCUGGAGAUUUUGGCCAGCUUUCAAUGUGGGAUCUCGAAAGUCAAAUGCCAACAACUUUUGAAGCAAACCGAAACCUACUUGGAGCUUUACCUUUUGGCCUAUGAAAACUGCAAGCCAAAGCACCAUUACCAAUUGCACCUGUGUGACAUGAUCUGGCGUACUCAACUUUGUGUGGACUGCUUCCCACAAGAGGCAAAACACAGGACGUACGAGUAUCAACUUCAAAACAGGCUGGAUGGGAUGCUACAUGAUCCAUUCCUGUUUUCAGAAGGCGUCUUGACGCGUCUUUUGAACAGCCACUGCCGCCUUUUCGACAAGCCGUGCUUGCCUGGUGACCUCACACCUCCACUAUCUGAAAGUCAAAAGCUUGUAGAUGGUUCGAUGGUGUCUGUGCUAGAAGGCGCCGCUUUAGAUCUGGAAGCAGGCCGUGUCUACAAAGAUGAUUUUGUGAUAAGCCCGCGUGGCAGCGGUUUGGUACGAGCUUGUUUGAGAUUUCGCGAUCGCGCUUGGGUGCACAUCGACCUCUACGAUAAAGUUUUUUGGACCGUGGAUUAG